CCAUCCUCCGUCUCCUUUACCCUCUUUAUUUCUCCUUCUGGACUCAGUGCCCGAUCGAGUCAAAAAUCAAAGUCUCAGAUUAAAAAAAAUAAAAAUAAAAAUAAAAAUCUUUCACCGGACAGUGAUAAGAAUAAAAAGCCCAAUCUCCUACUUACAAGGUGAUUGGCUUUUAGUUUUGGUUAUUUGUUUAAAGAAAAACAGCAAAAUUGUCUGGCUCGUGUAGGCAGACAUCACCGCUACCGCUUUUUUGUAGAAACCAAACAGAAAAAGAUUGAGACAGAGAGAGAGAGGAGGAUAGGGAGAUGAGGGUGAAAUAGGUUUCUUGUAGUUUUCUUGUCAAGGAAAUUUUCUGGGGGCUUAUUUUCCGGGAAAGUUUUAUCUGAAUCCGGAAAAAUAGAAACCAAAAUAAGCCAACGUAUUGUCUCUGUCGGACAGUGGAUUGAUUCUCUUUUUUUUCCUUCACCGUCAUAUCUUGAUUAUCUUAUCUUGACGUAACGAAAAAGAAAAAGAAAAACCUUCAAUAAAUAUUAUCAACAUCAAAUUUUUUAUCGGAAUCAAGAAUUUCAAACCCUUAAUUUUCUCUCUCUUAUCACCCAGCUAACAUUUUUUGACAUUCAUUUUUCCUAUUCACAUAUGAAUUAAACCUCAUAAUCGACAAGAGAAUCUCGACCGAUCUGGGUUGUCAAAUCAUGAUGAAACCCUUGCCGUUAGAUUACUGGAGGAACUAUUUUAGUACUGCAAAUUGUGAUAUUUUUGGUAUUAUCGAUCAUGCGAUCAUUGUUGCAGCCUCAGAUUGUCCCAAAGAGUUCCGGUUGCGUAGAGAUCGAAUUGCUGAGCGUUUGUUUUCUUCCAGAUUGACCCGGUGCACCGGUUGCAAUCGGGUUGAACUGGCUGUGCCCGCUCAUGAAGGUGAGAAUGAUGAUGGAGGCUGCAAUAGAAGAGAUGGUGGUUGUGGUAAUGGUGCUAAUGAUGACGAAGAUAUUGAUAUUGAUGGAUGUGAUUUUGAGGCUGGAGGGAGCAAGGAGAGCAAGGUCAUUAGUAGCAAUAGGGAUGAUAAUGAUUUUGAUAAUGGAGAAGUGAAUGUGAACGAUCACUUGGUAAGUAAUUAUAGUUAUGGAGAGGCUGAGGCGUUGACGGAUGAGAUUGAGGAAGAGUCUCAGGUAGUUGGUGAGGUCUUGAGGAUCAAGGACAUUCUUCUCAACAGCAGAGAUGAGUCUGAUUCUGUGUUGUUUGAAUCGUUAAGAAGGCUUCAAUUGAUGGCUCUGACUGUGGAUACACUUAAGGCAACCGAGAUCGGAAAGGCUGUCAAUAGCCUCCGGAAGCAUGGUUCAAAGCAGAUUUGUCACCUUGCACGAACUCUUAUAGAUGGAUGGAAAGUUUUGGUGGAUGAGUGGUAUAGUGCUACAAAGGCUUUUGGAGGUAGCAACUUACAAAGUGAUGAAGGUACUCCUGAGUCUAUGAAUCCCUCUGUCGUUGAUGAAGAGGAAGGCCUUCCAUCUCCUCCAUUAGAUGAAGGAGCUUUCUUUGCCCCACAAACUACUGGGAUAGAGCUCUCACAGUUCUUUGAUGGCAUGGAUGACUUUGGAAAUCCUCGAAACAGUGGGGAAUUCAUCAAGAACCGUGAAAAUGGAAGAAAACCUUCAAUGGAGAAUCAGAAUAUCACAAAGCGAAAACAGCAGACUCCAAAUGAGGCAAUUGUUGUUGCCAAGGACAAUAUGAGUCAACAAAUGAGGAGGCAAGAAGCUGUCCUAAAGACAAAUAGACCCUCAAAUGCUGAUUCUUGUCCUGGGAGACCUCCAAAACAAAGUGUUGAGCAAAAAGCAAACAAUGAUUCAAAGAUAAUGCAAAAAACAGAAAAGGCUAUCAGCCAAAGAAAGCCUCCAAGUGGUCAGCAAAAUAAAUUCAAGUGUUCGGAUGAAAUUGCUGUCCAGAUGAAACUGGAAGCCUCCAAAAGGAAACUCCAGGAGCGAUAUCAGCAAGCUGAGAAUGCCAAGAGACAGCGGACGAUACAAGUCAUGGAGUUACAUGAUCUCCCUAAACAGGGGCUUGUACAAAAGAAUCCACAUAUGAGACCUGGAAGCCAUAACCGGCAUUGGGCACAUGGACGGCGGUAACUGUCAUAGUUAUCUGCAGAUUAGUUUUCUGUCAUAGUUAUCUGCAGAUUAGUUUUCAGUUACAUUUCCAGGUUUCUUCCAUUCUGAAAGUCAGUGGAAGGAUACUAAUAACUCUGGGGCAUACCUUGACUUGAUCCAUGUACAUCAACAAUAAGAACUCAAUACAUUGAUCAUAGUGGAACAAAAGGCCAUUCUGGACCAUUACAGGGAAACAAAUAUUUGAGACUAUUUUCCUAUGUUCAACACAUUCAGUUGUAGACACUUUCUGAGGAAAUAGGUGGGGCAAAGUUGUCGGAGCUUGUGAGUUAUGCAGUGUAGAUUCUUGACUUUGUACUAGGAUGAAAUGUCCAUAGAAAACCUCCAGUGGCACAUGCCCAUUGUUAUUGAAUGAUGCUUAACAUUUAUUUUUCUAUCUUUUUCAUUCAGAAAGAGACGAGAGACUUUGGCUCCAUAGGAAUGGUAUUCAUGAAUUUGCACAGAAUUAGGUUGUUUAAUUAAAACAUGCUGUAGAUUCCCUGAUGUUAGUGUAUUAACCAUUUUGAUA